AUGAUGCUAUAUAUAUUGUCCUAAUCAAUAAGAUGGAGAUAAAAUGGUUGUAAUUUUUUCAAGUUUUUAAUUGAAGAAUGUUUAUUAUAAAUACCUUUAACCAAUUAUGUAAUUAUCUUUUGUUGGAACAUUCGAAAUAGUUUCGCUAUGUUUUAAAAAAAAUAUGAGUAAUUAGUAAUUACAGAUUCUGGAAAAAUUUCUAUGGCCUUGUAUAAGAUAAAGAGAAAAGAAUUUUAGGAAAAUAGAAUUGAUAAUCAUCUUAAACGAAAGCUGAAAAUAAUGGCUUCCGUUUACUAAAUAAGAAUUAAUUUUAUAAUGAAAAAUAUAAGAAAUUAAUAUUUUCGUUUUGUUCUAUAUGUUUAAAGGAUAGCAUUAAACAAAAUUAGGAAAAUUAUUUUUCAAAUUUAGUGA